GUGUAUAUAGCAGCAUUUGCUGUAUCUGCAUAUGCGUGUUCGUUCACUAGAGCAGGAGGAAAACCGUUUAAUCCUAUACUGGGAGAGACAUACGAGUGUCUCCGGCCAGAUAAGGGCUUCCGCUUCAUUGCUGAACAGGUCAGUCACCAUCCACCUGUGUCCACUUGUCACUGCGAGUCCAAAAACUACACAUUUUGGCAAGAUGUCCGGUGGAAGAAUAAGUUUUGGGGAAAAUCCAUGGAAAUCGUUCCCAUGGGAUUUACUCACUUAGAGCUGCCAGGUUUUGGGGAUCGUUACGAGUGGAGUAAAGUCACUUCAUGCAUUCAUAACAUUCUGAGCGGUCAGCGCUGGAUCGAGCACUAUGGGGAAAUGUCUAUCAAACACUCUACCACCAUGGGAGACGUCAGUCAUUGCAAAGUCACUUUCCUUAAGUCCAGAUCUGGAGGUCUGAAUGCUAAUGAGGUAGAGGGUAUGGUCACUGAUUCAGAUGGGCGUGUCAUUCACUCUCUGUUUGGCAAAUGGAGCGAGGCCUUGUAUCUGGGCAAACCACCUUCGGUAACCUGCAUCUGGAGAGCAAAUCCCAUGCCUGAGGACCAUGAGCAGUACUAUGGAUUCACCCAGUUUGCAACUGAGUUAAAUGAAUUGGAGGAGGGUUUAAAGCCACUCUUGCCUCUGACAGACACCCGUUUUAGACCAGACCAAAGAUUACUUGAAGAGGGUGAUAUUGCUGGAGCAGAAGAACAGAAAGAAAGAAUUGAAGUCCUCCAAAGAGAGAGGAGGAGAGUCCUGCAAGAAAACAGCAUGACACACUCGCCCCGAUUUUUCAAACGUGCUGAAGAUGACUCUUGGGUGAGCAAUGGCACUUACUGGGACCUCAGGAAGGACCCUGGAUUCAGCAAACAAGAAUUCCCUGUGCUCUGGUGACCACCAGUGGAUUAGUCAUUGACUUUUCCCUUUCUGCUCUGGCUGUAUAUAGAUCCCUGCUUACUUGUUAUUUGUAUGCAAUCCUGCUGAACACUGUGGCAUUUAAUUUACUAUGCUUAUGUGGAUGUUUUUGUAUUGGUAUUUAUCUUUGUUAAACAGACACAUUUACAGCACGAGAUAGAAAGUACCUCUGGAAAGACGUUUAUGCCUUUAUGCCUAGUUGAUGUUUAGAUGCAAAUGCACUGACCAAUGACAUUUGUACGUGUCUGGAUGUAAUUAGUUUAUUAUUAAUUAAUCAAGUCAAUUUAAAAAAAAAAANAAAAAAAAAAAUCCUCAAAUCGAAUCAAUUAAAAUAAAUGACACAAUAUUAAGACAAUAUUAAGAUUUAGAAUCUUAAAGAACAAACACUAAAGUUCACUCUAAAAUUAAAAAAAAAUUAUUUUGUAAAUUAAGCCUAUAUUUUGGACCAUUAUAGGUUUUUUGCAUUAUGACAUUAUUUUUUUAUUAUCAUUCUCAUUACUGUAACGUGAAAAAGAUGAUGUAUUUCAAUUGUAAAGUGUUUAUACAACAUGGUAGUAUUUGUUAUACUACUUUUCAUUGUUUUUCUUUUUAAAUAAGCACGACAUUAUAUUAAAAAAGUAUUACAGUAAUGAGAAUUUAGGUUACUUAUUUGUCAUGCAAAUAAUGUCAACUGGCAAAUAAAAAAAAUCUAAGUCCUAAAAAUAGGCUUGAUGUUCUUUUAUACAAAAUAUAAUUUCUUAUUUUGUUUUAUGAAAUAGUAAUUGAGUUCUUUUGAGUGACCUGGGCUAUAAACGUUUGAAAGUCACAAUUCAUCCAUUGCUGACUCAGUCACUCCACUUUAUAAUCAGGGAAUAUAGAAA